ACUAUCAGUUCCGCCAUUGAUGGAGUGUCUGGAGAAAACUACAGUUUGUCACGUUUUGUUCUUAAGAAAUACUCGACGUCUGUAUUUCCACAAUUGAAUUUGUUGUCGUGUUAAUACAGACUGUUGUUUACAUCUACAUUAUUGGACUGCAUAUACUGCACGCAGAGCUUGUCAAUUCUCCUCUUUCGUUAGCAGAUCAACGUAACUACCUCUAUCGUGACAGUGCCAGUCACGCAAACCUAGCGAGCGUGCCGUGCACGGGUGCGUGUAUCCAAUAUUCGCCUGGUUCCCAACCCAACAGCUCAGCACUGCCAACAGCGCGUGGUUGAAGAUUUGGAUAAAGACUCAUGGUCUGCGCAUUUUGAGUUUGAAUAAUCAUAAGAACCACGACUCUACUGCCUCGAACACGUCCACCAGCAAGACUAGUCCUGGUACAACUGUAUCGGUGAACGGGGGCACGGGAAACGUGAUUCAGUACGGAGUACCCGACGGUGGCACGAGCAGCAGUGAGGCGAGAAUGCAAGGGACGAUUAAUCCGAAAGGCGAUAAUAAAAUAGAACAACUAUCCGAUUUAUUGGAAGAAAAUAUCAACCAGCAUCCUGUGGGGAAGGGCAGUAGUGGUGCCGGGAUUGUGGGUGGCACUGCAUUCGGUAGCUGGAGAGGGAGAGAGAGAGAAUACGAAUCUGGGAACAGAAGGAGGGGAGACAACCGAGCGAGCUCUUUCGGUUUUAACCGCAGUUUAUUGAGUUUUAGCUGCAACUCUACGGUGGACGAAACUGGAUGCCGUAGAGUUGGUUACACGGACACGCCUUGGAAAACCAGGAACUACGCUGCAGGGAUUUUGGGGCUCCAUGAGGAGAUCCAGGACUUCUAUGCCUACAUGUCUCCGCGGCCGGAGGAGGAGAAGAUGAGGAGGGAGGUGGUGGAGAGGAUAGAGAGGGUCAUUAAGGACCUUUGGCCCACUGCUGACGUUCAAGUAUUUGGAAGUUUCAGCACGGGUCUCUAUCUACCCACCAGUGACAUUGACCUGGUGGUGUUUGUGAAGUUCAGGGAAGGAGACACCCUCCCUCUGUGGAGGUUAGAAGAGGCGCUGAGGAAACACAAAGUGGUGGAGGAGAAUUCUGUCAAAGUUCUGGACAAGGCCACGGUGCCAAUCAUCAAACUGACAGACUCUCUCACGGAGGUCAAAGUUGACAUCAGUUUCAACAUGAAGAAUGCCGUCAAAGCUGCUGCCCUCAUCAAAGAUUAUAAAAAGAAAUAUCCUGUGCUUCCAUACCUGGUGCUAGUCCUGAAGCAGUUCUUAUUACAAAGAGACAUGAAUGAAGUGUUUACAGGAGGCAUCAGUUCCUACUGCCUCUUCCUCGUCGCUGUCAGCUUCUUACAGCUCCAUAGCAGGGAGAACGCCUGCAGUCCCAACGCCAACACUGGUGUCCUACUCAUAGAGUUCUUUGAGCUGUACGGCCGCCAUUUUAACUACCUGAAGACGGGGAUCCGGAUCAAGGACGGGGGCUGCUACCUCUCCAAAGACGAGAUCCAGAAGAGCAUGCUGGAUGGAUACAGACCUUCCCUGCUGUACAUCGAAGACCCACUGCAGCCAGGUAAUGAUGUGGGCCGUAGCUCAUACGGGGCCAUGCAGGUGAAGCAGGUGUUUGACUAUGCCUUCAUGGUGCUGAGCCAUGCUGUGUCGCCCAUCGCUAAGUACCAUCUCAACAACCACGGCGAGAGUAUACUGGGCAGAAUCAUCCGGGUGACCCAGGAAGUUGCUGAAUACAGAGACUGGAUCACCAUGAAGUGGGCUGCCCUAUCACUGAACUCCCUGACCUUAAAAGGUAAUGUCACGUUGCUGGUGGAGCUUCAGGAGAUGGAGGAAUGCAUCAACAAUCUCUCUGAGGAAGGGGCAGAGUCCCACAGCUCCUCCUCUCCUCCCCCCUCUUCGUCAUUCUCCUCGCCACAGUCUUCAUCAGCUAGCUCCAGUGAUGCUGAUUCGGACGGAAUCCACUGUAAACCGGUGACUACGACGCGGGGUAGGCGAGGCUCAUCUGCACCCAGUGCUGGAUUGACCAAUCACAGGGAUACAAGUUUCUCUUCCAGCAGCCGCGUAAGCCAGUCGAACAAGAGCAAGGUGGACAGAGCGAGUUUGACGUCUUGUCAGAACAGCCAUGCUAACAAACAGCCAAGCACAGGAACAGGACAGUCAUCAGGCAGCAACAGCAGGAGCCACCGAGACAGAAAGCAGAGCUGUCCUGGCAGGAGGAGGAAACCCCAGCCAAAGCACCAAUGUAAACCUGCAGUGCAGGACCUCUGUAGAUAGGGGGCGCUAUGUCACGGAACUCAACUCCACUCUCUGCUGCUGAAACGAAAGGAUCGAGGCAAUCUUACCAGGGCUUUUGGUAGUGAUAUUUUUUAAGCCAAGUUGGAAGGAGAUUUCUCCUAUUUCUGUCAGUUGAAAGGGCAGAUUGACGCAAUCCACAUCUUGAGGGCGUAGUCUUUCUGUAAUAUGAAUAUGGAGGAAGGUUGUCAAGCCUGAACUUUAGCAUUGGUAGUACACCCUGGUGCAUUGGACUAGCAGUUAGUUGGGUCUCUCUUACUUCCUGGCAAUUCAACUUUACAGCAGAAAUUACAAGGAAAAAUGUAUGGUUAUUAUGGUGUUUGCACUGACAAAACGAGUCAUUGAACAUUUAAGCUUUUCAGCAA